AUGGCUGUGUUAGUAAGACUGGGCCGUCAUGUUAUGUCUGCUAAUGAUACCGGCUCCUUUUUAAGUAUGACUUAUGGGUCUGCAUUAGUUCAUGUAAAAAGAAAUUAUGAUAAACUCAUGCACGCUCACUUAAAAUCAAUUCAAGAAGUAAGAAUUAUUAAAAAGUCUAAAUGUGGCAUACUUCCUUUUGUUGCCAACUUUGAGUAUUUUGCCAAGACAGCUGAACAAAUAUUUAAAGAAACAGAGCGUCGAACUGAUUUAGAUAAAUGGUAUCUGAAACUCUUAACUGUAAUGUUUGAAACUAUUCAUUAA